AUGAAAGCAUUCCACACACCUGUUCUCCAACUGGCUCAUGCAGGUGCCCAACCCUCACAUCCUGAUUUCCUCCCGUUGUGGCUGUCUGCUCCAGUUGAUGACCUCACCAAGCGACUUGAGAGGCUUUCUCAGCCUGAUAUCUACCCAUAUAUUUGUCAAUUGCCUCACCACCACCACUUUAUGUACAACUCAUGCUCCCAUCAAAAGUCAUGCAAUGCUCUGGAAAACUGCUUGUGUCUCCGUGGAAUCUUCCUCAAUGAUUCCACAGGGACAGUGUUGUGCGACAUUUAUCUGUGUUAUUGUCCCUUCCCACUGUCUUCUUCUGCUGCAUGGGAUGAGGUUUUAAAUGCCAUACUGCAGGAAGAAUUUGGCACUCUGGUCAUUCAAUGCAUUUCACAACACAUCCCAUCACCCUCUGCUUGGCGUAAAGAGGCAUGUGCGGAUGUGAAACACUCUGUCAUAGCUGAUGCCCACGGCCAACAAGCUUCCAGAGAGGAACAAUGGUCUGUUCCUGUUCCUCGAGAUGUUAUCUUCCAGUGCUUGAAAGACUAUGUCCGAGGUUCAGCAUGGAAAACACCACCUGUUUGUGCUGUGUGCUCACAAUAUGACAUGGACGCUGUUGAGAUUUCAGUAUUUGGUGACUUGUCAUCUCUCCAUCUUGACUUGUUAUGA